AUGUCGUCCCCUACAGACCCGUCGAGCUCCGGAUCCCGCCCUGGCAAUGCCCCCCGUCGAGUUCGAGGAUAUUCUAGUGGGGGAAUAGAGAUCAGCUCGGCGAGUAUCACGGCGGCUCCCAUCGUGGAUUUGACAGGCGACAGCCCAGAGCAUAGCAUACCGCCGAUGAUCGAGGAGGAUCUGCAAGAAAUCCAUCCUACGCAACAGACGUUGGCUGAGUUCCUAGAUGACCAUUCUUCCCCUACUGAAACCCAGACACGAAAUUCCAACGGCCGAAAACGAGGAUACGCAAUGCCACAGCCUAAAGAGCCACAUCCAGGCCCCUCCGUGUUUCCCAAUACCCAACCAGAGCCCGCUGUUAGACCUCGAACACGGACGUGGGACUUUUGGCCUUCUCAUACCAACAAUCAUCUCCCUCUUUUCCAAGACCCAACAGCCAAUCCACGCGCCUAUAAUCCAGCACUUCAGCGAGAAAGAAGCUUCUCGGACUGGAGUAUUCCUAAAUGGCAGCCGGACUCAGAAGUUUCAAACUGCCCUAUCUGCGGGGCGGCGUUCAGUUUCUGGAUUACUAUUCCGCGGCAGUUCAUCGUGCGUCCUCCACCUGAUUUUCGCGGACCGGCAUCCCCCCCUGUUUCAUCGAAUCGGUCCCCAGAGAACCUCAUCGACUUAGGUGAUGAUGAUGAAGAAGAAGCAAGUUCUGCACGCAGGCCAUCGGGUUCUUCACGUGCUAAUCAGCCUAAUGAUCUUGCAAACCCAGCUUUGGGUGGAGGGGAGGAGGUUCGCCUAUGUAACCCAUGUGUCCCCGAUCCGAACCCGGACCCUCCUCGACAAUACAAUUUGUUAGAUUCUCAGACACUCCCGGCCCCAUCCAGCACGGCCAGGGGUGCAUAUCGCCAUAUGUUCCCACCCUCUGUCCGCAAUCCUGGAUUAUACGAAGCUCUACCGCAAUUCCAUAGACCUUAUUCUCCUUCCGAAACACGUUCAUUUUUUGGCCCAGAGGCGACUCGAAACAUACGACAUGGCCUGCGAAACCCCAAUCAGCAGCCCUUUGUCCCCGAGGCAUAUCCGGUGCCAACAUUAGCAGGUAUGCAGGGCGAGCGACCACAGCCUCCAGCAUCUGUUGGCCAUUCCGUGCCCCCCCCUGUUGUUCCUGCUCCGGCUGGUACAUACGGAUCAUCACAAAAUACUGUUGUUCAGAUCCCAAACCUCCCUAUGUAUUAUCCGUUUAGCACUCCUGACUACUCGAAUCGUCCAAUGGCGGCUCGUUCGGCGCCGCUACACCACCAAACCCACUUUCAUCAACCCCGCUCGCGCCACAGGGUUGACUUUAAUCGGCCUCUUCCUGUUCCUCCAGCGCCAGUACAGCGACGGCCGACUAACGAAAAUGAUUCCUGUCCAAUAUGCAAUCAUAUCUUCCGACCCCGCAACCAAGGUGGCAGUGAAACCCAACGAGAAGCACACAUCCGCGAAUGUAUCCAAAUUUUCCAUAGGACUCGUGCAACGACGUCCGGUCGCUCUCCUUCGCCUCCUGCGGGAUGUGACCAGAUGAUCCAUUUCAAAGCUACUGAAAAAGACUGCGUUGGGCAAGAUGGUGCGCCCCAAGAGUGCACCAUUUGUAUGGAGGAGUAUGAAGUUGGAGUGGAACUUUCACGCUUAGUCUGCUUUUGUAAGUUCCAUAAAUCCUGCAUCACCGGAUGGUUUAAGCGUAAGGCAGAAUGUCCUGUGCAUAAAGUAUCGAUUUGA